ACUUCAUUAUUUUCUGUUUUGCUUUCAGCGAUUCUUAAAGCUGCUAAAUACCAUGACUUCCAGUGCUGUUGCUCAUAGCCCUCCGGUAAGGAAGGUCGCUAUCUUUGGAGGAACUCACGGUAAUGAGUUAUCAGGGAUAUAUUUGGUCAAGCACUGGCAAGAGCACGGAGCUGAGAUCCAAAGGACAGGAGUGGAAGUGAAACCAUUUAUAUGCAACCCAAGAGCUGUGAAGAAAUGCACUAGAUACAUUGACUGUGAUCUGAACCGUGUGUUUGACCUUGAUAGCCUUGGAACAGUGGUGGAAGAUACUCCAUAUGAAGUGAGAAGGGCUCAGGAAAUCAAUCGGAUUUUUGGUCCAAAAGGUAGUGAUGAUGCCUUUGACCUUAUUUUUGACCUUCACAACACCACUUCUAACAUGGGUUGUACUCUUAUUCUUGAAAACUCCAGGGAUGACUUUACAAUUCAAAUGUCUCAUUAUAUCAAGAACGCUUUGGCUCCAGAACCUGUUCCUAUUUUGCUGAUUGAACAUCCAACCUUGAAAUAUGCAACGACUCGCUCUGUAGCGAAACAUCCUAUUGGUGUGGAGGUGGGUCCGCAACCCCAGGGCGUUAUUAGAGCUGAUAUUUUGGAGAAAAUGAGGAAGAUUGUCAGACAUGGUCUUGAUUUUGUGCAACUUUUCAAUAAAGGACAAGAAUUUCCACCAUGUACAAUUGAGGUUUACAAAAUAAUGGAGAAAGUAGAUUAUCCCAGGAAUAAAAAUGAUGAAGUCAUUGCUAUUAUUCACCCUAAACUGCAGGAUCAAGAUUGGCAGCCACUGAACAAAGGCGAUCCUCUAUUUUUGACUCUUGAUGGAGAAGUUAUUGAAUACAAAGGGGACAAUACUGUCUACCCGGCAUUUAUUAAUGAAGCUGCAUAUUAUGAAAAGAAACACGCUUUUGUAAAAACAGUCAAAGUAAAACUCACUGCAGAACUCCUCAGAUCUUAGACCAGAAUACUUAAAAGCUAAUUAUGGGUUUUUAUGUACAAAGCAUGUAUUUCUCCUCUGUGA